ACCUCUUCUUCUUCUUCUCUCCUGCAGUCUAGUUCAUUCACAGACGGCCGCUGUGACAGUUACAGCAGCAGUUACGCAGACAUGAGCGGACGAGUUGGAGACUUGAGCCCGAAGCAGAAUGAAAUCUUAACCGAGUUUCGGGGGAGGAUCGAGGAUAUUCUCCCAAACCUUCCUGCACAGCACGAUCACUAUCUCCUCCGCUGGCUCAGAGCCAGAAGCUUCAAUGUUCAGAAAGCUGAAGUGAUGAUCAGGAAGCAUGUGGACUUCAGGAAGCAGAUGAAAAUCGACUCCAUCAUAUCUGACUUUAAACCUCCAGAGGUGAUCGAGCGCUACGUGUCAGGAGGGAUGUGCGGCUACGACAGAGACGGCAGUCCCAUCUGGUAUGACGUCAUCGGUCCACUGGAUCCUAAAGGUCUGCUGCUGUCGGCCACCAAGCAGGAUUUCAUGAAGACAAAGAUCAGACACACAGAGAUGCUGCACAGAGAAUGCAGGAGGCAGACGGAGAAGCUGGGUAAAAACAUCGAAGCCAUCACUCUGAUCUACGACUGUGAAGGUUUGGGACUGAAACACAUCUGGAAACCUGCCGUAGAGGCUUACGGAGAGAUCCUCACCAUGUUUGAAGACAACUAUCCAGAAGGACUGAAGAGGGUUUUUCUUAUCAAAGCUCCUAAAAUGUUCCCCAUGGCGUACAACCUCAUCAAACACUUCCUGUGUGAGGAAACGCGACGCAAGAUCAUCGUUUUAGGAAGUAAUUGGCAAGAGGUGUUGCGUAAGCACAUCGACCCCGAGCAGCUUCCGAUGGCUUAUGGAGGAACUCUGACGGAUCCUGACGGAGAUCCGAGCUGCAGAACGAUGAUAAAGUACGGAGGCGCGGUUCCCAGGUCGUACUACGUUCAGGACUCAGUGAAGGUUCAGUACGACAGCAGCGUGACAAUCAGCCGCGGCUCCGUCUUCCAGCUGGAGUACGAUGUGACUGCAGCCAGCAGCCUCCUCAGGUGGCAGUUUGCCAGCGACGGGGCAGAUAUCGGCUUCGGAGUUUACCGACGGACCAAAGACUGCAGCAGUAAGAAAACAUCUGACAUGCAGCAAGUUUUACCCAGCGAACGUUACAACGCACAUCUGGUUCCUGAGGACAGCUGCCUCACCUGCCCCGAACCUGGAGUCUACGUGCUGUGUUUUGACAACAGCUACAGCAUCCUUCAGUCUAAGAGAGUGAGCUACAACGUUGAGCUCGUUCCUCCGUCAGACGGACCGAUGCAGAGUCCUCGCAGCAGAGGAGACGGGAGGCUGCAGUGAUGAAACUCACAUUCACUGACUGUCAUUUACAACUACAACACAAUACUUACAUCACAUAUAAGCAGCUGUGGGCUUCUGCUGAGCUCCACAUUCCUCCUGCACUGAUCAUCCUGCAUAUAUGUUUCAGUUAGAUUGAUUAAAUAUGAACUUUAGCAGUGUUUUGUAGUGUUAGGUGUAUCUAGGUGUGGUGAGGAGCGUCUGCAGACUCAGGAGUCUCUUUCUACUCAAAAACAGGUUUUUCUUGUCGCUCUUUUCUCUGAGCUCGGCUUAAGUUAAAUCUCAGUUUCAUACGUGUAUCUACAAGCAGGAUUUAUGACGUUACAACCAGUCUGGAGACAAUCGUGGUUCAGUAUUUAACCUAACCUUCGUGUCGUCCUCCUGGGUCAAAUUGACCCAGUCUGUUUUGACUGUUCCUUCUUUCCUUCCUCCCUUCCUUCUUUCAUCUGUCCUUCUUUCCUUCCUUCCUCCCUUCCUCUUUUCCUUUCUCCCUCCCUCUUUCCUUUUUCCUUAUUUCCUUCCUUCCUCCCUUCCUCUUUUCCUUUCUCCCUCCCUCUUUCCUUUUUUCCUUCUUUCCUCCUUCCUUCCUUCCUUCCUUCCUUCCUUCCUUCCUUCCUUCCUUCCUUCCUUCCUUCCUUCCUUCCUUCCUCCCUUCUUUCCUCUGUCCUUCUUUCCUUCCUUCCUACCUACCUCUUUUCCUUCCUUCCCUCCUUUUAUUCCUUCCUUCCUCCCUCCUUUCCUUCCUUCUUUCCUCCCUCCUUUCGUCCUUCUUCCUCCCUUCCUUCCUUCUUUCCUCUGUCCUUUCCUUUCCUUCCUUCUUCCUCCCUUCCUUCCUUCCUUCCUUCCCUCCUUUUCUUCCUUCCUUCCUUCCCUCCUUCCUCCCUCCCUCAUUUCCUUCCUUCUUCCUCCCUCCUUUCCUUCCUUCUUUCCUCCCGCCUUUCCUUCCUUCUUUCCUCCUUCCCUUCCUUCUUCUUCCCUUCCUUCCUUCCUCCCUCCUUUCCUUCCUUCUUCCUCCCUUCCUUCCUUGACUCGAGGACAACAGGAUGGUUAAAUGAGCGUUGAUGUAGAAACGUGAAGAGCACAAACACUGAAAAUAGACUUUACAGUGAAGCAGAAACAGUUAAACUUUACAAAUCAACCACAUUUACAUUUACAUAAUCAGAUACUAUAUAUAUAUAUAUAUAUAUAUAUAUAUGUGUGUGUGUGUGUGUCAUGGCCGACAUCCAGCAGACAUGGACUCACUGUAAAGGUCAGAAUCAUCCAGGAUCUCUGAUUUGAUGAUUUCCUCGAUGACGUCCUCCAAGGUGACCAAUCCCAACACCUCGUAGAACGGAUCUCCCUCCCCCUCGUCGUUCACUUUCUGGACGAUGGCCAGGUGGGAUUUACCUGGCGAGGAGAAAGAGAGAGAGAGAGAGAGAGAGAGAGAGAGUGAGAGAGAGAGAGAAAGAGAGAGAGAGAGAGAGAGAGAGAGAGAAAGAGAGAGAAAGAGUGAGAAAGAAAGAGAGAGAGAAAUUAUAUAUAAUUUAAGAAUAUUAACGAGGUAAUUGAACCUUGGGGCAGAUUAAGGAGUUGACUAAGUUACUGUUUUGUGUGACUACUGCAAACAUUAGUGGUAGUAGAUGUUUUUUUUGUCCUUAUCAACAAUUUUCUUAAAAAACAAUGAACAUAUAAUAAAAUUUCUCUCUGUCUCUGUUUCCUGUUGGCAUUUCUGACAGUUACUAUAUAAAAUAAAGGCAAAAAAAAGCCCCUAAAUAAAUCUUUAAAAAGGAAAACAAUUACCUUUAAUGUUAAUAAUUCUUUUCAUCAUGUGUGACAGUAGCUGAAUAUAUUUGGGGUUUUUUCAACUGUUGGACAAAGAAAAAAACAUUUUAAUACAAAAUGUUUCACUAAUUUCUGACAAUUCAGAGAGAAACAUUGUCGGAUUAAUCAAAACUGAAAAUGAGCGUUAGUUGCAGCCUUAAUCGUACAAUUAUGUCGUGAUGUGACUUUUAUUAUUACAGUCUAAAAAUGAUGUAUUAUAAUUAAGUGAAAUGAAGGAUGUUGAUAAUGAUAUUUUAUGUGCUGCUGUGUCUAAAAUACACGUUAAAUGUCAUAAUAAUGACAAUUUACAAAAUCAUGUAAAUAAAUGAUUUAUAUUUUAAUUUAUGAAACGUUUUGUUUCUCGUAAUAAAGGAAGAAAAUUGUGUAUUAAAAAAGAAAAACUGA